AUGGGAGUCUCCACAGCCCCGCCGCCCUCCCGCAGUAUGAAAACCCUGAAGAAGCGGCGGCUAGAACUUCUCUUCCUCCUCUUCACGUCGCUCUGGUAUUUCUCUGUUCUCUGCUUGGUGUGGUUCUUCCUGGACCGGGACACACCUGCCCAAGGAGGAAGGCGUUCUGAGUGGAUGAGGAACUGGACUGUUUGGAAGCACCUAAGGGAUUAUUUUCCCAUAAAACUGGUGAAAACGGUAGAGCUGCCCCCUGACCGGAACUACCUGCUGGUCGCUCACCCACAUGGGAUCAUGGCCAUGGGAAUCCUCUGUAACUUCUCCACUAAGAGCUCCAGCUUCUCCCAGCAGUUCCCCAGGCUUCGGCCCUUGACGGCCAUGCUGAAUGGCCUCCUCCAUUUCCCAGUCUAUCGAGGCUACCUUCUAUCCUUUGGAGGAUGUUCCGUGGACCAGCAGAGCCUGGAUUUUAUUCUGUCUCAGCCUCACGUCGGGCAGGCUGUGGUCGUCCUGGAGGGGGCCCACGAGUCCCUGUAUGCCAUCCCAGGGGAGCACUGCCUCACUGUCCAGAAUCGAAAAGGCUUUGUCCACCUGGCACUGAGACACGGCACUUCUCUGGUGCCCGUGUACUCCUUUGGGGAGAAUGAUAUCUUCAGAGUUAAGGCUUUUGCCCCAGACUUGUGGCAGCAUCUGUGCUAGAAGAUGCUGGGCUUCAAGAAGCUCCUGGGCUUUUCUCCUUGCAUCUUCUGGGGCUGUGGUCUCUUCUCAGCCAACUCCUGGGGCCUGGUGCCCUUCUCCAGGCCCAUGACCACUGUGGUGGGCUGCCCCAUCCCGGUGCCCCAGUGUCCCGGGCCCACCGAGGAACAGGUUGACCACUCUCACAUGCUCUACGUGAAGGCUGUGGAGCAGCUGUUUGAUGAGCACAAGGAAAGCUGCAGUGUCCCAGCUUCCACUCGCCCCACCUUCAUCUAG